CGCAUACCGCAUAGAGGCAGUGCGAGCUACCAGCUAACAGCUAACAGUCAACGAACAGAAAGGUCAGCAGUGUGUGGAGCUCGGGGUGUCUCCUUGCUGAAUGCAGAAGACAGUGGCGGUGCUGGGGGGGGGUAUAGGGGGUCUGUCUGCCUGCUACCACCUCAGCAAAAGCCCCCAGGUGUCCAAGGUGCUGCUGCUGGAGGGGAGCGGCCGUUUCGGGGGCUGGCUGAGCUCCACCCGCCGGCAGGACGGGGCGGUGUUUGAGCACGGGCCCAGGGGAGUGCGGCCUGCAGGACCCGUGGGCUGGAACACACUCAACAUGGUGUCAGAGUUGGGUCUGAGCAGUGAGGUCCUGCCUGUUACAUAUGACCAUGUGGCCUCGAAGAAUCGCUUCCUGUACGUGAAGGGGCAGCUGCACAGAAUGCCUUCAGGUCUCGGGGGGGUGGUGUGCACGGUGCCCCCCUUCUCUCGCCCGCUGCUGCAGAGUGUGUUGAAGGAGCUGUGGGUGCCGAGGGGGAAGGAGGAGGACGAGACGGUGCACGCGUUCGUGGCCAGGAGGCUGGGCUCUGAGCUGGCAGAUAUCGCCAUAGACAGCCUGUGUCGCGGCGUGUUUGCGGGAGACUGCCGAGCCCUGAGCAUGCGCUCCUGCUUCCCCCCCCUCUUCCACGCUGAGAGGUCCAGGGGCUCCAUCAUCCUGGGUGUGAUGCUGGGAGCAGGCAGCCGCCCGGCUGUGACCCCGUCUGACCUGGCUCGGAGGUCGCGGAAGGAGUCGUGGGCGCAGUGGUCCCUGCGGGAGGGCAUGCAGACCCUGCCCGACGCCCUGGUGGACACACUGAAGCAGAGCGAACGCACCCAGAUCCACAAACACUCCCGUGUGACACAGCUGAGGUCAGAGGGCAGCGGCUGGGAGAUUAAACUGGAAGAUGGUGCCAUGAAAGCUGACCACAUAAUCUCAGCACUUCCUGCGCCAGCACUGGCCUCACUGCUGCCCCCUGCUGCCCAGCCACUGUCACUGCAGCUGCGCGGCAUCUCCAUGGUCACUGUCGCCGUGGUCAACCUGGAGUACGAGGGGUCCGUCCUGCCUGUGACGGGCUUUGGCCACUUGGUCCCCUCCUCUGAGGAUAAGGGGCUUCUGGGAGUGGUGUACGACUCAGUGCCUUUCCCCCAACACAACCGCACUGGAGCACCAACUACCAGGCUCACGGUGAUGAUGGGAGGGGCGUGGUUCCAGGAGGUGUUUGGGAAGCCGGGGGACGUGACGGAGCAGCGUCUGCUGGACAGAGCCACGCAGGCCGUGACCUCUCAUCUCCGGGUCACGGCACAGCCCGCGUGGAGCUGUGUGUCUCUGCUCAAGGACUGCAUUCCUCAGUAUCAAUUGGGACACUGGAAGCGGCUUGAGAAUAUCAGGCAGUACAUCAGCCGCCACAGCCUGCCGCUAACCCUGGCGGGGGCCUCCUACGAUGGAGUCUCAGUCAAUGAUGUCAUAUUCAGUGGACGGCAGGCAGCAGAGAGCCUUGUGGGACAGGUGUAGGGGGACUGUGGUGCCUCUCGGGUGAUCACGCCCCCCAGCAAAGCGCUUCCUCUGCUCAGAGUCACAGUCGGCUGCUGCUCAUGCCUGAUGCUUAAUGUAUGCAGCAUAUUCGUGUACCUACAUAUAAAUAUUCAUAUGCUGCCUGUAGUGGUGACUGGAAAAGGCAGUCUGCUGCUGGUGGCUGCAGGACUCCCCCAUGGAUGGUCUGGUGUUUAGGAGGCAGCUGUAAGGUGAAGCGCUUUGUCAUGCUGCAGAUGGAUGAGGGUGAAUCCGGUGCUGAAAGGUGAAGUUUACACUGCGUUCUGACCAAGGCGUUUGGCCUGUGCGAGGGGUCUGUCCCCCCGCCCUCUCUCCCUGCCCCCACCCC